AAAUUCAUCACCCCGCUAUCGAUUGCACCAUCAGUCCACCACAAAUUGCAUAGCCUCGUCUUCAUCAAACCCAUAAUAAUAGUAAUAAUUUUGUCUCAAAUUUCACAAUUAUGACGACAAAAAUAAUAAUUCCCAUCAUUGUUUUCGUCUUCGUGGGUGUGGCCCACUCGGGCGAAAUCAUCGAGUCGGAACGUAUCACGAACUGGGGGGAAUGGGGAUCAUUUCAUCGCUGUCCGAACGGCACUUUCGCCCAAGGUUUCCGGCUCAGAACGGAACCUUACAAGGGAGCCUUGAUCGAUGACACGGCGUCAAAUGCGGUCAGGCUGUUUUGUGGAGAUCCGGACAACAUUAACACGCCGACCAUUUCCUCGACCGAGGGUCACUGGGGGACUUGGGGGGAAAUCUUUAAGUGUCGCCCGGGUGGUUAUAUUCACGGGUUUUCGCUUCGUGUGGAGCAACCCUUCCUCAUCCCGGAUGAUGAGACGGCCACCAACAAUUUCCGCUUUUAUUGCAAUAAUGAUGAACCCGACGUGUUUUUGGAGGGCGACGGGAUCAAUCGGUUCGGACAGUGGAGAUCGAUCAAAAAAUGUGCCAGGUCGGAAGCCCUAUGCGCCUUGCAGACACAAGUUCAGAGAGAUCAGGGACUUGGGGAUGACACGGCCCUGAACAAUAUCUCUGCCGAGUGUUGUUCUCCACCCUUGAAUAAUUAAUUGGGAAUAAUGCCGCUCGUCCAAAUUUAGCACGACAACUCAUCGUCAUCAACACUACUAAUCAAUCUGUCCCCCUUUUGGUUCGAAUAAAUCCUAAUAAUUCUUCGCGUAAACGUUAUAAUUGUUAUGUGAGUCCAUUUAUUUAUAAAUAAACAAACAAUCCUGACCAGCAAAA